AAGUCAGGUGGACGUGGAUCAGGCAGAACAAUCCCGUGGACAUUUUACCCACAGGCCACAACCCGUCUUCCUAAAACCCUAAUGAAAUCCCCUGAGCCCUUCCCAUACAACAGGAAGAAACGCUUCCUUUGUUCCCCUUUGCCUGUAAAAAAUGGCACGCCUAAUCCGUCCUCUAAGAAGAACCCUUCUCUCCCAUUCUAAAACCCUAAUUCCCCAACUUCAACAAUUCCACCAAAAUCCCAUUUUACUCCAUGACAAAUUGGGAUUGAACCAAACGACUAUAACCAGAAAUUACACAUCAGAAAUGCGCAAAACAGCCUUUCGAGAUAAAAUCCUCAGGCUUCUUCGUAACGAAAUGCAAUAUGAGUUGGAACAUGCCCCUCCUAGGCAGCCUGUUACCAAGUUUGAUUCCUUCACAAUUGAUGAACGGCCAGGGGAGCAAUGGGUUAUAUUAAAAAGGAAAUUUGCUAGGAAUGAGGAGAUUAAGGUAGAAGCAACCAUGUUUGAUGGAGCUGUUCCAAUUGCAAAAUCUGGUGAUAGCACCAAGGACAAUGUGCAGCUUCACAUUACUUUGAUUGUUAAUAUCUCCAAGGGUAAUGGUGAUUCCUUAGAGAUCAUGUGCUCAGCUUGGCCAGAUACGAUUGAAAUUACAAAGUUUUUCAUAGGCACAAGUGACAAGAUGCCGGCUCAAGCUUAUGUUGGUCCUGACUUCAAGGAAUUGGAUGAUGAACUGCAAGAUUCACUAUAUGAAUUCUUGGAUGCAAGGGGUAUAAAUGAUGAAUUGGCAGCUUUCUUGCAUGAAUACAUGAAGAACAAAGAUAGAACCGAGUACAUUAAGUGGAUAGGUACUGUCAAAUCUUACAUUGAGGAGAAGUAGAGAUUGUUUUCUUAUUGUGAUCAUACUUCCAUUUAACUCCUGUGUAUUGUUUAAUGGAACUUUAAACAAGGAUGCCAAUUUUGGCUACCUAUACAAAUUUGACUAGCAAUUGAAGAGGGGAUCUCCACUGUGAUAAUAAUUGAACGCAUCUGAGUUUAAAAGUUGUUUAAAGCAUCCAGUCCAUUGAAGUUAUAUUCUCUAUU